AUGACAACUGGUAACAUCUUCAAGUGUCGGAUCCACAAGACGCGAAGGAUCUAUUCAGCACGAACACUCCCCUUCAAAAAGCACAUCGACACUUCUGCAGCUCCUUUAGCCCUCUCCAAUCUCUUGGUCUCCCGAACAGACUCGACUUCAUAUGCUGACGUUAUGACUAAGAUCAAGAAGUCCACAUCAAUUGCAACCAAGACCACGAUUCGAAGACGUCCACCCGACAUCAUGAGCAUGCUGAAAAAGCCUCCGAAAAACCUGCCCGAGAAUUCCUCAUACAAGCGACGACUUGUGCAGGUGCUCAGUUUGGAUCAAAAGAUUCAGCCAGCGGCGCACGAUCAGCUACAAGCAAACCUCCGUCAACUAAAAAGCCAAACGCAUUCGUCUCAUGGUCCUGAGAACAAAGUCCACUACCUCCAAGAACGCCUCGCUCACGAGAUCACGUCAAACGACAUCUGA